GCGUUAAUAAUCGGUAUGAAUGAGAAUCUUCCAGUUUCAUCAACCAUACAAGUUCCACGUACAAUAGCGCCUUUUAUCACAGCUGAUCCUCAGCACGCUCUUCCACGAAUGGAUCGAACAUUAAAUGCGAAACAAAUUAUUGCUGCUAAGCCAAAGGCACUUCAGGAUUGUUUAUGCGAACGUCCAGCAAGUCAUAUAAUAUGUAAAAGAUGUGGGUAUGAAUUUGUUGGUCGUUUGUCAAAAGUUUGUCCAGAACAUCCGAAAAAGUUACCAUUGAUGGAUCAUCGAGAAUGUCCAAAUCAUUAUAUGAAUUAUAAAUUUGUAACGAUACGGCGAAUCAUAUGUUUUGUGUUUUUUGAUUUAGCAACGAAUAUUGGUUUAUUAAGAGAUGGUGGCGAUUCUUAUAAUGAAGAAUUAUUCAUCAAACGCUUAAAAAGUGAAAACAUUCUUUCACAAUUUCGAUUUAUUAUUACCACGCGAAUCAAUUUAGGAACGGACUAUCAAGUUUUUCCACGUAUUAUUGGUGAAGUUUUAACGAAAUACAACAUCGAUGAACUUCAUUUUUCACUUACACAAGGUGUAUGGAAGACAGAUAAAUGGGGAAUUGCACCUCAGCCGGCAAGUCCAUCAGGAGCGCAAUUAUAUGCUUGGUUUAGUGGUAUUGAUGGCGAAUCGAGUGUUGAUGAACGGUGGAAUUAUUUGCUCAAUUCACUGAAUGGAAUUUUUUGUGCAUCGCUUCUUGAAAUGAAUCCAACAUUAACUGUAAUUCCGAAGCGGUCGUUUCGUUUACGAAACUCUUUGAAACAUAAAAGUAAUCAUAGCAUUAGCUCAUUAAGAUAUGGAGCUUUAUCUGGUGAGACUGUUUGCACCGAGAAUUUAACACCGUGGCGAAAAUUGUUGCCUUGUAAACAAACUGGUCUUUCAACGCUUCUGAAUCCUGUAAAAUUUUAUGAAUCAAUUUUUCAUUCAAUGUCAGUUAACAUUUACCAAAUUUGUCAGGGUGACAAGGAUAACAUAUGUGAAGGCCGUAUUCGUUUAGAACUUUAUUUAAAUAUGGUCUCUGAAUUUGAUCUACGCUUCCGAUCUUUAGAUUGGAGUAUCAAGCAGAUAUUCGAUAGGGAAAUUGGAAGUAAAUGUGCAAUUGCGGAUUCAAGUACUAUUAUUUUCGAAAGAGAUCGCAAGUCAGUUUCAAUUAACGAACCGAGUGAUAUUAUAGAAUUCGGCGGUCGUGUUUUUCUUUUGUACGAUAUAUCUGCAUUAUCUAAAACAUUUCCUUUUAAUUUAGCUGCCGUUUAUAAAAGAAAACUUGAUUUAUCCAGGAAAAGGCCUGAAACACUGAUGAGCAUUUACAGUUUUCUUGGUGGAUCUAAUCAGCAGUCAGGAAGAGUAGUUAGCGUAAUCAAGAAUGAUCAAUCAUUUAAACAAGAUGUUAUUUAUACGCAUAUUAUUCCGUGGUUUAUGCGAGUUUAUUUUCAUACCAUCCGCCUAAACUGCUUUAGUAUCGAUCAAGAGAAUGUAAAAAAAGAUGGAUAUAUUAGGGAGCAUCAUUUUAUACCUGGCAAGGAUCGUAUUCGUCCAUUUUUCAUUGAAUAUGGUCUUGUGUUGCCUUCUCUUUCUUUUUGUGAAUUUUCAUUCGAAUUCGAUAAAGCAUUUCUCAGAGUAAGCGAAUAUCCGCCGGAUGCAAAUCGUGGCCGUUAUGUUCCAGCUGCUUCAUUAUCAUUUAUGGCUUCUGACGAAUUAUGGUAUACCAAUAUUACCGUUCAUGGCGAUUUUUUAAUAUCAGCCUUAGAUGAAAUAAACGGUACUCAGUCAUCACGUUGUAUAACAAUAUAUGGAAACGCUCUGUUGGUUUUACUUCCAGUACCUGAUUUCAGCAUGCCUUUUAACGUAAUAUGCCUUGUGUGCACAGCCAUUGUAAUGCUUUUUGGGCCUGUUCAUUCACUUACAACCAAAAUAAUGAUUCCUCUUUCGAGAAAAGAUAAAGAUCUAGCUCCAGUGCCACCUUUACGAAAGCUGUUACUGUCGAUAUAUAAAAAUUCAGAAAUUCGUCUUAAGAGAUUUGUGAAGAGGGAGCCGAAAGCAGCUGAGAUGGUGGUUUGUGCAGGAUCAGGUUUAUUCACUCAUUUUUUUUUACCGGCAAUAUGCCUACUGGAAGCUUUGCCGAAAAUAUUUCUGAAAGUAUCGGAGACAAAAAUUCCCCAUUUUUAA